CCCUUCCCCCUGGCCCACCAGCUCUCCAUGAAGGAGGUGUUCGAUGCCGAGGGCCGGCCGCGGGUGGACCUGCUCAAAGCUCAUCUCACCAAGGAGGGCCGACUGGAGGAGGCUGUGGCCCUGCGCAUCAUCGAUGAGGGUGCCGCCAUUCUGCGCCAGGAGCGCACUAUGUUGGACAUCGAGGCGCCAGUCACGGUGUGUGGAGACAUCCAUGGCCAGUUCUUUGACCUGAUGAAGUUGUUCGAAGUGGGAGGUUCUCCUGCCAACACACGCUACCUCUUCCUGGGGGACUAUGUGGACAGGGGCUACUUCAGUAUUGAGUGUGUGUUAUACCUGUGGUCACUGAAAAUCCUCUACCCAAAGACGCUCUUUCUUCUACGGGGAAACCAUGAAUGUAGACAUCUGACCGAAUAUUUCACCUUCAAACAAGAAUGUAGGAUCAAGUACUCGGACCAGGUGUAUGAUUCCUGCAUGGACGCGUUUGAUUGCCUACCCCUGGCAGCCCUGAUGAACCAGCAGUUCCUCUGUGUGCAUGGGGGGCUUUCACCAGAGAUCCACACGCUGGACGACAUCAAAAAGUUGGACCGGUUCAAGGAGCCCCCAGCGUUUGGGCCCAUGUGCGACCUGUUGUGGGCCGACCCCCUGGAAGACUUUGGCAACGAGAAGACCCAGGAGUAUUUUGGCCACAACACAGUCAGAGGCUGCUCCUAUUUCUACAGUUACCCAGCAGUGUGUGAGUUCCUACAGACCAACAACCUGCUGUCAAUCAUCCGAGCACAUGAAGCACAGGAUGCUGGGUACCGUAUGUACAGGAAGAGUCAGACUACAGGUUUUCCCUCCCUCAUCACCAUCUUCUCUGCUCCAAACUACCUGGAUGUCUACAACAACAAAGCGGCGGUGCUGAAGUAUGAGAACAAUGUGAUGAACAUUCGUCAGUUCAACUGUUCUCCUCAUCCCUACUGGCUUCCCAACUUCAUGGACGUCUUCACAUGGUCGUUGCCUUUCGUGGGAGAGAAGGUGACUGAGAUGCUGGUAAAUGUCCUGAGUAUCUGCUCUGAUGACGAACUUGUGAACGACGGAGAGGAAAUCUACGAUGCCAGUGCAGCAGCAGCAAGGAAAGAGGUGAUCAAAAACAAGAUCCGAGCCAUUGGGAAGAUGGCCAAAAUGUUCUCUGUUCUACGGGAGGAGAGUGAGAACGUGUUGACCCUGAAGGGACUGACCCCUACAGGCAUGCUGCCCAGCGGAGUGCUGUCUGGGGGCAAACAGACCCUUCAGAGUGCUACCAUUGAGGCCAUAGAAGCCAUCGAGACAGUUAAGGACGCUGAAGCCAUCAGAGGCUUCUCCCCGCAGCAUCGGAUCAGCAGUUUCGAGGAGGCCAAAGGUCUGGACCGGAUCAACGAGAGGAUGCCACCGCGGCGCGACGGCGUCAACAGCGUGGGCCUGUCAAUGGGCCGCAUGAACAUGGGAGAGCCCAAUGGGACGGACAGCAACAGCAAUAUAGAGUGA